AUGCCGGGUGACAGGGAGGCAGCGCCCGGGCUGUCGGAUGUGACGGGGACGGGCUCCGUGCUGAACACGACCUUUUCCCUUAGGAAGCGCAGCCACCACCUCGCGACGCGGAGGCCCAGCAUGAGCGUGAACUGCCCCGCUGGGCCCGGCUGGUCGAGGGCCCGCGACGCCGCCUGCUCCGUGCGGAACACGCCUGGAGCGGCCCAGGAGGCGGGAGAAAACACCGUGGCGCUCGGAGGUCACAGCCCCUCUGCGGCUCCGAGGUCUGAGGGUUUGGAUCCCGAAUGCCGACAUACUGCCUUCCUGGUGAGUCCCCAGAUCGGGAGCAUGUUGUCCACUCCUGAAGACGCACACAGCUGUCACUUCCAGGACGGGAACAAAAGACAGCCGGAAUAUUUUAAUACCCAGGAACGCCACGGAGGCAGCACUUUGCCUGCAGGCAUCAGUUCACCAGCACAGGCUCCGGAGAAAGUGACUCUUGUGGUAGAUGGCACUCGAUUUGCAGUGAACCCACAAAUUUUCACUGCUCACCCUGACACCAUGCUGGGGAGAAUGUUUGGACCAGGAAGGGAAUAUAAUUUCACCCGACCAAAUGAGAAGGGAGAAUAUGAAAUCGCAGAAGGAAUUAGCUCAGCUGUCUUCCGGACCGUGCUGGAUUAUUACAAAACGGGGAUCAUUAAUUGCCCUGAUGGGAUUUCAAUCCCAGACCUCCGAGACACGUGCGAUUACCUCUGCAUCAACUUUGACUUCAACACAAUCAAAUGUCAAGAUCUAAGUGCUCUGCUCCACGAGCUGUCCAACGACGGUGCCCACAAGCAGUUCGACAGCUACCUGGAGGAGCUGAUCCUGCCCAUCAUGGUGGAUAGCGCCAGGAAAGGGGAGCGCGAGUGCCACAUCGUGGUGCUGACGGACGAGGACACUGUGGACUGGGAUGAGGAUCAUCCACCUCCCAUGGGAGAGGAGUACUCUGCCUUCCUUUACAGUUCCAAGCUGUACAGAUUCUUCAAGUACAUUGAGAAUCGCGAUGUUGCAAAGGCCGUAUUAAAGGAACGAGGUCUGAAAAACAUUCGCAUCGGCAUUGAAGGAUAUCCCACCUGCAAGGAGAAGGUGAAGAGGAGGCCGGGGGGGCGCUCGGAGGUGAUCUACAACUACGUGCAGCGGCCCUUCAUCCAGAUGUCGUGGGAAAAGGAAGAGGGCAAGAGCCGCCACGUCGACUUCCAGUGCGUGAGGAGCAAGUCCCUGACAAACCUAGUCACGGUGGGCGAUGACGUUUCCGAGGAGCACGAGAUGCUCAUGCAUCACCCGCCCCAGGUGGAUGAACUGGACAGGCUCAACGCCCCCUUCUCCCAGAUGGCCGUUAACGACCUGCCCGAUUAGGGACGGCUC